AUGCCCAGGCUCGAAAGUGAGGAUAGUGGUGACCGAUCCUUAACACCCCGCCUGGUGCAAAAAGUGAUGUUGCAGCCAGGGGUUGCUUAUUUCUUCCCUGAUCACGGAUCUCAGGGAACCCUGGUGUCUGUCUGUAUCCAAGCCACUUCUGUGCUGCCAGACGUCGCAACCGAAGGGAGACUGGGCUUUGGCGACGUAUGGGCGGAAUGUAUCUUUUCAUAUCUGGGUUUCACAGGCUCCAUGCACAAGUACAUGUUGAGUGCCUAUGCUCCUUCUCAGCAUAUGCCACAGGGUACUGUUAUCCGUGUUCCGCUAUGGUUCAAACCUAGUCAGUCUGCAGCCAGUGCACAAACAGCUGUUUACGUGGGAUUAUUCACCUACCAAACAGAAGUGUCUGGCGUGGAAGACAUUAGUGAAGAAGUCCAGCCGCAACAAGACAAGGAGUAUAGGACGCUCUCCCAGGCAGAACAACUAUCGCCAGACAUAGCAGCAAUUGAGCCAAUCGGAUUUUGCAUUCCUGACGAGGACUGUGCAUUGCGGGAGACGGCAAAGCCACAUGAAUAUCGAGUAUAUGGAGACCAAGGCUCAUGUCUGGCGACACAGAUCUUCGCAUAUAACCAUGACACUGGAAGGAAACCGUCGCACAAUCCCCUCGCUAAAGCUGCUGGGGGCUUAAUGCAGGUUGACGAGAGCGAACCCAUCGAUUUUCAUCAGGGACUGGGGCCAUGUGCAGUGGCCCCUUUGGCAUCAAUGAGGCACCUAAUAUCUUUGAAAAAACAAGGGUUCUCAGUUAUCAACCUGACAACUGGCUGGACAAAAGAAGAGACCUCUUGCAGACGGCGAAUUGUAAAAUUUCGCAAUCAGCAUCGUGGCCCAAACCAUAUCAAUAUCUGCGCCGAACCGGUAUUUAACACUGGACAGUCAUACAACGUAGGUUGUAUCAGCUGCAUAUACUGGCCGUCCACAAAUCAAUUCUUUAUCACCAGCACGGACAUUAUACGUCUUCUGGAAGUCCUUCUGCAGAAGAGCAUUCCGACAAUCGAGAAAAAUCGAAUCCGCCAGAAUCUGCAGCGACUCCACCCCUGGGUAGUCUCAAAGUACGAUCCAGAAACCUGCCAAUUUGCUCAAUGGAUCUUUGAGUUCCGAAAUCCAGAAGUACUCAAAGUUCGUAAGAGUGUCAGGCUCUUUCGAUGGUGCGACCUGCCAGCCGCCUUGGUCAGUAUUCUACAUCAAUACGGCUUGGAAGCCAGAUUCUUAGACAGCGGGUCCAGAAUUCACGCCAAUCAAAACAAAUGCCAGAAUGCUCUGAAUGCUAUUGCUGUUCCUAGCCAAUGUCCCUCUUUACUGUGCUGGCAGAGUUCUCCCGGGCGUACUCAGCCAUAA